GUGAACUACAUUUCCCAGAGGACGCUGCUACCGGGAGCCGAGGCUUUUUCUGACUGACACCUCACACCUUCCUGGAGUCGGUCCGCGGUAGAGGUGACCCGACUCUUUGAGGCUCGUUUUGCAGGUGCAGAAAUUGUCCGCGCAUUUCCCAGUCCAUGUCCGAACCAAUCAGAGUCCUUGUGACUGGAGCAGCUGGUCAGAUUGCAUAUUCACUGUUAUACAGUAUUGGAAAUGGAUCUGUCUUUGGUAAAGACCAGCCUAUCAUUCUUGUGCUGCUGGAUAUCACUCCCAUGAUGGGUGUUCUGGAUGGUGUCCUAAUGGAACUGCAAGACUGUGCCCUUCCCCUCCUGAAAGAUGUCAUCGCUACAGAUAAAGAAGAGGUUGCCUUCAAAGACCUGGAUGUGGCUGUUCUUGUGGGCUCUAUGCCAAGAAGGGAAGGCAUGGAGAGGAAAGAUUUACUGAAAGCAAAUGUGAAAAUCUUCAAAAGCCAGGGUGCAGCCUUGGAGAAAUAUGCUAAGAAGUCAGUUAAGGUCAUUGUUGUGGGAAACCCAGCAAAUACCAAUUGCCUGACUGCCUCCAAGUCAGCUCCAUCCAUCCCCAAGGAGAACUUCAGUUGCUUGACUCGUUUGGAUCACAACCGAGCUAAAUCUCAAAUUGCUCUUAAACUUGGUGUAACUGCUGACGAUGUAAAGAACGUCAUUAUCUGGGGAAACCAUUCCUCAACUCAGUAUCCAGAUGUCAACCAUGCCAAGGUGAAAUUGCAAGGAAAGGAAGUUGGUGUUUAUGAAGCUCUGAAAGAUGACAGUUGGCUCAAGGGAGAAUUCAUCACGACUGUGCAACAGCGUGGUGCUGCUGUCAUCAAGGCUCGGAAACUGUCCAGUGCAAUGUCUGCUGCGAAAGCCAUCUCUGAUCACAUUAGAGACAUCUGGUUUGGAACUCCAGAGGGAGAAUUUGUGUCCAUGGGUGUUAUCUCAGAUGGCAACUCCUAUGGUAUUCCUGAUGAUCUUCUCUACUCAUUCCCUGUUGUAAUCAAGAAUAAGACCUGGAAAUUUGUUGAAGGUCUCCCUAUUAAUGAUUUCUCACGUGAGAAGAUGGACCUUACUGCAAAGGAACUGGCAGAAGAAAAAGAAACUGCUUUUGAAUUUCUGUCUUCCGCAUGACUAGACAAUCAUUUUGAUGUUAUUAAAUGCUCCAAAGCUGAAGAAUCUAAAUGUCGUCUUUGACUUUAGUACCAAAUAAUAAUGAUGCUAUACUUAAAUUACUUGUAAAAACACCACAUUGUGAAGAUUAUGUGCUGCUUGGUACAGAUUUGUGAAAGUCUCAUCAUGCUAUUAGUGCUGCAUUCUAAAUAAAAAUAUAUAUUCAAGUGAAA